CUUGGAGCCAUUAUUACGUUAGUAUAGUCGUAUAGAAUAGAACUAUCAAUAAUAGCAUUACCUAUGUAGUUGGUAUACGUAAGUACGUAUAUGUACAUAUUUAAGCCAGCACAUUGGAAUGCUUACCAAAAAGGUCAAAAACAAAAAGUGUAUCGAUACGCUUAACGCAAGGAUUGCCGAAAUGUUCGUGUGUUGAUAUUGGUCAUUAUGUCAAAGUAGCGGUAAAUUCAAGUGCGGGGUCAAGGCGUUGCACACACAACACUCUUUCUGCUUCGAAUGCGAUCACUGUGCGGGCAAACUUUGUGGUGAAGGGACGUGGUGGUUAUAAAGGCAGAAUAACAAAUUAACAAUUAUAAUUUUUAUUAUCGCUUUAAUUUUGGAGGCAACAUGAGAUUCAAAAGAGGUUUAAUACUUCUAAUACCACUAUUAACAAGCGUCCUGGCAAUCAAUAAAGAUGAUUACGCUACUGUAGAAGAAGAAAAUGAUGACCACAAAGGAGGCCGGAUACUCUGGCCGUACCCAUUGAAAGAUAAUGCUUCAUUAUACAAAGAAUCACACAAAUCAAGAAGAGCCCAACUGCAAGGGGUCCGAGGCAAACGUUUUUUAGCUUACAAGUCACAUCUACAGAGUCCUGUUGUCGAUAUGAUGAUGCAAAGCCUAUCUAUUGACUACGUACCUAAGAAUCCUAAUGACCCCUUUGACUUCUUGCGAGACAGCUACCCACUGCCAAAAGGAUACAAACGACCUCUUGAUGAGUACGACUACAUAAUCAUUGGAGGUGGAACAGCAGGAUCUGUCCUCGCCUCCCGCCUGACGGAAGACAAACCGAGAGCCAUGGUGCUGGUCAUAGAGGCUGGUAAACCUGAGGGUCUGUUCAAUGAUGUACCAGCUUUACUCUCGUAUAUGCAGCUUCCAGAACUGACUGAUUACGUUUGGCCGUAUCAAAUGGAACGGGAAGAAGGGAUUUGCUUAGGAAGUGAUGAGCAGCGUUGCUACUGGCCCCGUGGGAGGGCGCUAGGAGGGUCCAGCGUCGUCAACUAUAUGCUGUACACCCGAGGCCGCCCGGAGGACUGGGACAGGAUCGCUGCUGAUGGAAACUAUGGAUGGAACUAUGACGAAGUACUACGGUAUUACAAGAAAUCAGAAAAGUGCGAGCUGGAAAAAUACAAGUACGCUCCCUACCGCAGCCGUGACGGCGAGGUAACCAUCGAAAAUGUACCAUUCAAGACCGGUCUCGUUGAAGCAUUCCUGAAAGCUGAAAGGAGCUUGGGCCACCCCACCGUCGACUACAACUCUCCGUACGAACUCGGAUUUGGAUACACGCAAGGUUUUCUCAAAAAUGGUCACCGGAUGAGUGCCGCUAAGGCGUUCCUUCACGAGCACAAACGGAGAACAAACCUGCAUAUUCUAACUGACACCAGAGCCACCAAAGUGAUAAUAGAACCACAAACAAAGAGAGCUUACGCCGUUGAAUACGUUAAAGACGGUAUAAAGCGCACCGUGCGAUGCCGCAGAGAAAUAAUAUUGUCCGCCGGACCGAUAGCUUCACCCCAAUUGCUCAUGCUCUCAGGAAUCGGACCAGAGGAACAUUUGAAAUCUUUGGGAAUUCCGACUGUUGUCAAUUUACAAGUUGGAAGGGUUCUUUACGACCAUAUCGCGUUCCCUGGAGUUAUUUUCAAAUUAAAUACAACUAACGCCUCCCUACUAGAGCCAAAAGUUGCAACAUUGCAAAAUGUUUUGCAGUUUUUACAGUUCGGAGAUGGUCUGUUAACAACAACUGGUGGGGUUGAAGCUCUUGGUUACAUUAAAACCCCAGUGUCACAGGAUCCAGAGAAUGUACCUGAUAUUGAAAUACUGAGUUUGGGUGGGUCUCUUGUUUUAGAUUCUGGAGGCGCACUGAGGAAGAGUUGGAGACUUAAUAAACAAAUAUUCGACAGAGCAUUUUCGCAACUGUAUGGUCGAGACACAUGGUCUCCUGUUAUAAUGCUUACCCAACCAAAGUCAAGUGGUUAUAUCGAGCUGAAAGAUACUAAUCCGUUUUCACAUCCGAGAAUGCACGGAAAUUACUUUACUCAUCCGCAAGAUAUGGCCGCAGUGAUGGCAGCUGUCAAGCAUUGUAUUCAAUUAGGAGAGUCUGAUGCGUUCAAAAAGUAUGAUCCCAAACUUCAUUAUCCCGAAUAUCCGGCUUGUGCUAAUUUUGUUCCUGGUUCAGACGCGUAUUGGGAAUGUUCGAUAAGGACGAUGCUAGUGACACUGCAUCAUCAAAUUGCUACGUGCCGCAUGGGUCCUGUGACAGAUCCUUAUGCCGUCGUAGAUCCUGAGCUCAGGGUAUAUGGAGUGGAAGGCUUAAGAGUAGUAGACACCAGUGUCAUUCCCCGCCCAACGAAUGCCCACACCGCUGCUCCAGCUAUUAUGAUAGGAGAGAAGGCAGCCGAUAUGAUAAAGAAAACCUGGUCUAAUGUGUUCUCAUACUAAAGUGAUAUAGUUAAGUUAAAUUAUUAAUCUAUUCAUAAGCUUUACUGUAGGAUAAAAUUGAAAAACUUGUAAUAUAGUUUUUGCACAAACUUAUGUCAAUA